AUGGUCUUUGCAAUUGCAGAAAUCAACAGAAUUCCUCUUAUUCUACCCAAUAUUACAGUAGGUUUCAAUAUUUAUGACUCCUGCUAUUCAGAUAUAAGAACUAUUCAGAGUGCCAUGGCUAUCUUAUCUGGAAAUAAUGAUGCAAUUCCUAAUUUUGCCUGCAGACCAUUUAUACCUCUGGCUGGUAUUAUUGGAGACUUGGUUUCUUCAUUGUCCAUUACAUUAGCAAGGAUACUGGGAAUAUACCGAGUUCCACAGAUCAGUCAUGGAGCUGUACAUUCCAGGUUAAGUAACAAACAAGAGUUUCCUUCCUUUCUACGCACUAUACCUGGCAUGGUAUUUCAGGAUUACGCUUUGGCUCAAAUAAUUGAUCACUUUGGCUGGAAAUGGGUAGGAAUUCUAACAGCAGACAAUGACUUAGGUCAGUCAAGCACCCAAAACCUGAAAACAGAGAUCCAGAGAUCUGGUGCUUGUGUUGCAUUUACAGAGAAAAUAUAUCCACAGUACUCAAAAGAAAAGUUUCAUAAGAUUGCGGAGUUAGUUAUAAAAUCCUCUGUGAAUAUUAUCAUUAUCAACAGUGAUGAAGUAUAUGCAAGAGUAACUCUUGAUGCUCUAAAGGCACAUAAUAUAACUGAAAAAACUUUAAUUCUGAGUGCAUUGUGUACAAUAACGCCUGGAUUUUUCACAAAACAGACAUGGAGUUUGAUAAAUGGUGCUUUAGGACUAACUCCCUCUACUAAUGACAUGCCUGGCUUCAAUGAAUUCCUCUAUAAUGCAAGACCUUCAGAGUCUCCAAAAGAUGUCUUUUUAAGAACAUUCUGGAAGGAAUAUUUUAAGUGUGACUGGCCAGUGAAAAAUGAUUCUCAAACAGAAAAUGAUGAAGUAUUGAAUAAAGAAAUGAACUACUGCACAGGAAAUGAACAUGUGGAAGAUCUUGAUGCAAAUUUAUUUGAGCUAAAUGAUCUGAGUUAUACCUUCCAUGCUUAUAUUGCAGUGUAUGCAUUUACACAUGCCUUAGAUAAUCUUAUCAGGUAUAGUCCUGGGAAUGGAUCCUUUCAUAAUGGAUCUUAUUCUAAUAUUCAGAAUAUUCAGCCAUGGCAGAUUCCUCGUUCUGUCUGCAGUGAGAGCUGUCCUCUGGGAUACAGGAAAAACAUCAAAGAAGGACAGCCAGCCUGCUGCUUUGAUUGUUCUCCAUGUUCCACAGGUGAAAUUUCAAAUCAAACUGAUGCAAAUAUCUGCUUAAAAUGUCAAGAUCAUCAGUGGCCAAAUGACCAACAUGAUGAGUGUAUCCCAAAGGUUGCAGAUUUUCUAUCUUAUGAGGAAACCAUCAGUGCAUUUUUGGUUACUAUUACAUGCUUUUUCUGUUUUACCACAGCUACAGUGUUCUGCAUCUUCAUAAAGUACAGAGAUACACCCAUUGUCAAGGCAAACAAUCGAGGUCUCAGCUACCUUCUCCUGCUGUCUCUUAAGUUAUGUUUCCUUUGUUCCUUCUUGUUCAUUGGUCAGCCAAUGAAAAUGACAUGUGUGCUUCGUCAGACAGUUUUUGGCAUCAUGUUUUGUAUAAGUAUAUCUUCUCUACUGGCUAAAACCAUCACAGUGGUCAUUGCCUUCAAAGCAACAAACCCAAACAGUAAGUUACGGAAAUGGGUUGGAGCCAAAUUACCCUAUUGUGUUAUUAUCAGCUGCAGCCUGGUGCAAGUUAUUCUAUGUACUGUUUGGUUACUUAUUUCACCACCAUUUCCAGAAAUGAAUCUGAAAUUGCCAGCUAGCCACAUAACAUUAGAAUGUAAUGAAGGUCAGAAUGCAUUUUUCUACUGCAUGUUGGGGUACAUGGGCCUUUUAGCUAUUGUAUCUUUUGUAGUUGCAUUCUUGGCCAGAUCACUUCCUGACAGCUACAAUGAAGCCAAAUACAUCACCUUCAGCAUGCUGGUAUUUGUAAGUGUUUGGCUUUCAUUUAUUCCAGCAUAUCUGAGCACAAAGGGGAAAUAUAUGGUUGCUGUGGAGAUAUUUGCCAUCUUGUCUUCCAGUGCUGGAUUGCUUGGUUGCAUUUUUAUUUUCAAAUGCUAUAUCAUUUUAUUGCAACCUAACCUCAAUAAUAAAGAAAAUUUAACUAGUAGCGAGAAAUUCAGCAGAAACAGGGGGCAUUAUUCUGUGAGCUGUUAA